AACAUCGUCCGCCAUCUUUGUUGGGCUUGGGUUGGCGGCCAGAGUAACGGUUUAAGUUUCAAAUUUCUUUCUCAGAUUUGAAAGACAAUUCAAACUUUUUUUCUCUUUGCCAGCAUUCAAAAUGGUAAUUUUAGACAUUUAAAUGCAUUGUUUCUCUAUCAUUUGGGUUUAGUGUAUCUACAAAUUUAAUGGACAACCCAUUCAAUCAGUCUUAGAGUCUAGAGAGAGCAUGUUUGGCAAUGUUUGGUAAAUAUUAAAUUUAGUGAUGCUAAACCAGACGUAAAUAACAUUUGAUGAGUUUAAAUACACUACCAUAAUUUAAAAUUGUAUUAACUGGUGUUGAUAUUUACGUUAUUUUUAUAUAUAAGUAUAAGAGCCAGAAUGUUAUGAAAAGCAGUUUUAUUAUUUAAAUUUAGUUUAGUAAAAAUUUAAGUAUAAUUUAUAAUAAUAAUAAAUUAUUAGUAAUGAAAUCUUAGAUGUCUUAGUCCAUUUAUAUUAUUGCCAGGUCCACGUUUUUUAAUCAUAUUCAUAAUCAUAAUGACAUGACCAUCCAAAUGCCAUAUUAUUAAUUUUUAAUAUUAGAAUUAUUUUUUAUGUUAUUACAUUUUUUAAUCAAUGGGAGUCGCUUAGUCGAUUGUUUUGUCACGUGAUGAGAGUAAAAACGAGUAAGACUUCUGGGAGGCUGUAUUCAACACACUAGUGCUUGACAACAGAAGCCGUUACACACUACAACUAGUAAUUCAUGAUGCCUAGGCAAUGUUCGGCUUUUGGAUGUACAAACAGUUAAGUUAAGGACAGAGGUAUAAGUCUGCAUAAAUUUCCGCUUAAGGAUAAAAAAAAUUUAAGGCAAUGGCUUGACAAAGUGGAUCUUUGUUAAUUAUUCACAUGAAAUCUUGUUCCAACCGGUUAUUAAAAUAUGCUUUCUCCGCACAAAUAUUUAUUAAACACGCAAAUGACGUCAUGGGUAUGCCGACAUUUCGUCCAAUGAAAAUUAACAAUAAAAUAAACAAAGGGGAAUGAAUCCUGCACAAAUAUUGAGUAAACACGCAAAUGACGUCAUUGGCACGGAGCUCAUCAACAGCCUGCCGAUGAUAGUUCCCAUCGAAUAUCGCUCACAAAUUUUUCUGGAAAUAACUUUCUUCCUUUAAUUGACAUAACUUUCUUCCUUUAAUCAUAACUGACGUAUAUUUAUUGUCACAUUUAUGUAUUUCAUUUAAAAAACAUGUGUAUUCCAGAAUAUUUUGAAAGGUAAAAUUUUUAAGUAAUAUGACAUUGGGGAAGCACUGAUGAAGUAUCUUUUGUUGUGUGUAGCAGCCUAGUGAUGGCUUACUCUCAUCACUUGACCAAACAAAGAAGUGACUAAGCGACUCCCAUUAAAAUUGUUAUAGUAAUAGUAUAGCUAAGCAGCUAAGACCUAGACUCUAAUUAUAAUAUUAGUCUUAAUUCCAUUUAAAUGAUGCUUAAACUUACAUCAUUUGCAAAUUAUUAAUGAACCUCUUCUAUGGUAAAAUUGCUAUUGUCAAUAAUAUAGAAAAUGUUAUUUUAUAGGCAAUGGCAAGGAGGUCACAGCGGGCAGACCAGGCAGCUUUUCAGAAACAAUUGGAUAAAGAUCGCCAACGUGAAAUGGAUUUAAGAGAUUUGGCGCAAGAGAAAAAAAUGGCUCAGUAUUUUGAGGAGAACAUACAGAGAGAACAAAAGGUUUCAAUAAUCAACUUAUUCUUGAUAUAAUUUUUAUUAACUUAGGUAAAAUUUCAUGAUUCUGUUUAUGGUGUUUUGAGGUUAUCUAUUUUCAAGUCUCUUGGGUAAGAUAACUUUCUUAUCUGUCUUAAAGGUGAACAUGUCAGCCCCCCACUCCCCCCAUUAAUUCUUUUUAAAUAUUAUAAUGUUUAAACAAACUUAAUUACUGUAAUUUUCUAAUCAGUCACAUAUUUUUUAACUCUGUGACCCUUAUUCGUACUGAAACAAGCACACCUCAACCCUUGAUCACAAAUAGAUACUUCUUACAUUAAUUUGGCAAACAAGACUUCUAGGAAUAGCUUUUCCUAUAGUUUGUAUCAGUAAACUACUUAUUGAAGGGAAAACUAGCAUUUUAUCAAACACCCCUUAAAAUUUGUCUCCUCUACUGACAUAUACUCAGCUGUCACUAUUUAAGUUUCUACAGCCAAACACAACAUAAUGUUUCAAUUUGGUUACUAAAAAAUUUUUCUACCCUAAAAAAGAAUGCUUCAUAAUUUUUCCCAUAGGUUCAACAAAGACGGUUUAUGAGGCAGCAGCAAGUUAUGAAUAAAGAAAUUGAGAUGAAUGAAGCAAUACUGAAGGUGAGCAUUCCCAAAACUCAAUGAUUUAACCACUUGAUUUUUUUAAAAUGUGAGCAGCUAUUAGCUGUGACUAGUUUGACAUUAACAGCUAUUAUCUGGUGUGGCCGGGUUUGGCAUUACCAUCUAUUAUCUGGUGUGGCCAGGUUUGACAUGAAGAACUAUUAUCUGGUGUGGCCAGGAUGGACAUUACCAGCUAUUAUCUGGUGUGGCCAGGUUUCAUGUACAAUCGAAACCUCAUGCAGAUUUUGUAUGUCUAUUGCCAGGCAGAGAGAGACCGCAUCUUGAGACAACAACAGAUAGAGCAAGAAGAAAACCUAGCACGGGAACUUGAACGGGUGAAGUCAGAGCAACUGAGAGAUGAAAAAAUGAGGCAGCAAAUAAGAGAGACCAGGUGAGAUCAUUACUCUACUGAAAAUAAACAGUUAAACUGUACAAUUUCAACUUGUGUUGACGCCAUCUUGUAUCUAAAUCUGUAGGUGUUUUGUUUUUUUUUGGAUUAGAGGGCCUCAGAGAUGAAAUAUGCACUUUUAGAAAUGGGUGGAAAUAAUUUUCAUAAUGAAAUCUUAAUAAACCUAUUCAACUCUGUAACGGCCUAAUCCGGGUGGUACUGAUUCAACCCCGUAACAUCAGAAUCUGACCAUUUAACUCUCUGUUUACACAUUGCUAUGUAGGAAGUGGACAUCUUGCAUUUAAAUGAAAAUCUCGCUAGAAACGAGACAAGUGGAGAUUACUGUCUUUUAAAUAUUUUUGGAUUGAAUGGGUUGACGCUGAAAACUAUUUGCUAAUGGUAAUUUCAUGAUUAGACAAAUUAAUUUUUCUUAACUUAAUUUUUUUCUAAGUCUGGAGCUGAGAGAGCUGGAGGCCAAGCUGAGGGCAGCAUACACCAACAAGGAGAGGGCGGCCCAGAUGGCAGAGAGAGAAGCCAUGAAGUACGAUGAAAUGGUAAGUUAAACAGUGUUGGAAUUUGACUUUGACACUCAAUCUCUGCGUGACGCAGAUCUGCAUUUAUGUUACAGAGUGACAAGAAAGAUUAGUAAAUGUUGUGCAUGCCAAUGUAAAUGUGUUUGCUGCCUUCCUAAAUGGGUGAUCAACAAUUUUUAAAUGAAAAUGGCUUGCUAAAUUCAGAUUUUCAUCAAAUUUGAAUUUGAUAGAAAUUUAUAUGUAGUCAAUGAUAACAAUGCUUACUUUGGUGUAAAAACAAUUAUCAUAUAUCUUAAUAAAGUUCAUGAGUUUACUAUUUUAUAUACUUCUGUUUCACUGUAUCGGAGUUACAUGAGGUUAGAAGUGGUAUUUUCUAAUUGAAUUAUGUAUAUAUAAAUUGUUACUUUUUAAAAAAUGCAGAUUUUCUUCUUUUACUGACAAGAGAGUCACAGAUAAUUUUGACUUAUUUUAUAAAAUGGCAUUAUUAUUUUUUGUAUUUCUUUUUAAGUAAUGCUAAUAAUUUGUAUAAUACAUAUAAGUGACCAUGUUGAACUGCAGCCAUUUGCUUUAAUUAACACACACAAAAAUUUAAUAUUCAAGAAACGAGACUCAGAAAUCGCCCGGUUCAUGAAGGAACAGAAUGAGAGGGCAGAGGAAGCUGAACACCAGAGAGAGCUUGAAAAGCACAAGGAGAUGGUGAGUUGAUGUGUUUUUUUUUUCUUUUUCUUCCUUGCCUGUUCAGCUCCCAGUGGAGCAUAUGUCAUUAAAGCCUCCCGGUCUCUAGCUAUCUCCUCUAACUCUUUUCAGCUCUGUCCAGUUGCUGUGUUGAGAAGUGAAAUGUACCUUAGGAAUUGAGGAACAUGAACAGAUGUUAACAUGUUUUGCUGAGAUUAAUCUUGUUGGCAUUCAACUUAUAUAGAUGUAAAUUUAUCUCAGGUUGUGGUUUUUAAUGAGGUUUACAUUAAUAUGUAAACCAAAUGUCCUCAAUUUUAUCAUUAGUGGAUCGCAUUAUGAUAUUUUAACCAAUAAGUUGUUAAAGUUACCACAUGAAAAAUUCCUAACUAAGAUUUUUAACAUUAAAAUAAAUGCUACCCCAAUAUAUUUUGUGAUCGACAGACACGCUACCAACAAGAGCUGGAGAGACAGCUAGAGGAGCAGGAGGCACAGAAGCAACAGGCCUAUGAGGAGUUCCUCAAGGAGAAACUUAUGAUUGACGAGAUUGUGCGCAAGAUUUAUGAGGAGGAUCAAAAGUAAGGACUUUAUAGAUUGUAUGGUUUGAUUUUCCAAACUUUUAAGUUUGGCUUAACUAACGGGUGGAUCAGUUUCUCAUUGCACCACCAAUCUGUGAAAUUUAUUUUGUAUCUCUUUGUUUGUCAUGCACACCUGCAACAUAAACUUGUUGGUCAGUGUAGCCACUUUGGGAAAAACUAUUCAGGACAGUAUUGUUUGCCUUUGCAUGCCGGGUGGCGGAGUGGUUUAAACUGAGUCAAUCCCAAGCUUGUGGACAGGAGUUCAAUCCCCAGCCUAGACAAGCAAAAACAACAGCAUCUCUGGUGGGUGGGACUGGUUAACCUUGGACGGCAACUCAUCUAAGAGAGGGCAAACUCUGAAAUCAAACUCGAAGGUGGAAUCCCAUAGGCACUAUGAUAUUGACACAUGAAAAUUCAGACCACUAAUGGGACUGUCCUUUAAUGCUAGAGUUUAACACUUGUUUCCUAAUCAGGUUAGGCUACUACCAGCCGAGAGCAUCUAUUGUAAGAAUGUCAAUAGGAGCACCGCACAAUAUUUCAAUAUAGUACUCAUUUUAUUUUGAAAUGUCAAAGAAUUUUUUACAAUUUAAUAUCGACUUAAAGCCAUCGGACCACCCCUGAUCUAACACAUGUCUGUUCAUUCCUGCCCUGACAGAGAGCUGGAGAAACAGAUGAAGAAGCGCCAAGUUACCCAGCAGUACAUAGAUGAGUUCCAAAAGGCCAGGGAACUCUGGAAGGUGCAGGAGAAGCAGAAAAUGGAGGAGGAGAACCAGAGAAUCUUGCGCUUUGCCCGCCAGAUGCAGGAGAGAGAAGACUUCCUCAAGUCACAGAAGAAAGAGAAAGACAGCGUCAUGAACAAAGUGCAGGAUGCGGUAGGUGGUCUUACUUUUUAUUUUUAAGAGAAGCAAUACAAGUGGUACAGUAGAGCAGUUAUUUCUAUGGCUACCUCCCUUGGUAAUUAUUUCCCAAACCAAACAUGAUGUUGUUGCCUUGCAUUGUUUAUUUUCUAAACUGUGCUGUAAAGUGAAAGUAUCAUGGAAUAAAAUUGCUGGGAUUAUUCUUAUUUAUAGAUCCGGGCUUUUCCAAUGUAAAGGGUUCAUUUGAUUAGUUUUAGUUCAGAAGUUCAAAUUAUAAGUGCAUCCGAGGUAAAUUUUUAUCUCAACUUUAAAAAAAAUGUAAAGCUUAUCUUUUUAAGUUGAUGACAUUUAAGACAAUUUUUUGUUGCAUACAUUGCCCUCAAUAUAGGGCAUUUCAACAGCCUUACUCAAUUUUUUUUCACUUAUGACUUUCCUUUGUUCUAUUUAUUAGCUCGCUCAGGAAAUUGCCAGGAAAGAAGCCGAGAGAGCCGAGAUGGAGAGAAUACGCUUGGAGCUGGUCAUUGAGGAGACAGAGGAGAGGGAGAGACAGAAAGAGAUGGUAAUACAUUCUAAUUAAUCAAAAAUUUAACAGUGAGACAUUGAUCUGUUCGCUUUAGCUACACUUAAACAGUUUUAUAGUCUCAUCUGGUUCUUGAAAAAGAGGACAAAACAAUUUAUUUAAACAUCUGAUAAUUUUGAAGCUUUUGUUGUGUGCUUGGUAAGAUUAAAGCUGUUUCUGCAUAGACUGAUUUUAUUACCUGUUUAUCUGCCUAACAGGGGCUUUGAAUAUUUCUUGAUUUGUUUUUCAUCAUAUCAUAUAACAGGGGACCGUUCAUUUUUAAUAUGUGUUGGAUGAAAUUUUCUAUCACUAGGCACUUCAACUGUUGUCAGUGUGAAAUAAAAAUCUAAGCUUUAAUAUGCUGGGAGUGACUUUUUUAUAGUUUGAUAUAAGGUUCCUGAUUUAAAAGCUAUUAGUUGUUUAUAAUGUUGAAAUGGUAUUUUACAAUUUUUGAAUUUUUUCUCCGCUGUGCUUCUUCAGGCUGAUAUGGAGAGGCAAAUCAGACAGAAGAUUGAGUUACAGUCAACGCACGCACAACAGAUGCACUUCAAGGCGCUACGUCUGGAGGCCGAGAAGGAAGAGGAGGAGGAGUUUAAGAAACAGGUUUGUCUGUCUGGGGGUGAAUGUUUGUCUGUCUGGGGGUGGACGGCUGUAGGUUAUUAUGAAGACAGGACUUUGUCGGUUUGAUCAGGACAGGACUUUGUUUAUGUUGAAAGGACUCUGUUUUAUGCAGACAGGACUGUUUUUGUUGGUUUGUAAGUAUAUGUACUUUUUUGGUUUUACCUAGACUGAACUUUUUUGGUUUUAUGCAGACAGGACUUUGUGGUUUCGGGUUCACUUCUUACCAUCUCAAAAAAAAAAAAUGAAAACAACAGACUGUGAUUUCAUGUUAUCAAACUGUCACAACAUCAGUACUUAUAUAGCUAUAAAUUAAAAGUGGUAGUUCACUUUAAUUUUUAAUGUUGCAAAUGUCAUCCCAGUUCUGCUUUCAAUCCGUCCACAGUGCAUUCAAAACAGUUUCAUUCUUGUGGGUUGGUAAUGGAACUUGCUUUAUUUUUCUUCAUAAAAUAGUUUUUAAAAAUAAAAUAAUAAAAAGCUUGUUUUAGAUCAUUGCUUACAUUUUUCAUUAUCUCCAGAUGAUGGCAAAGUUUGCUGAAGAUGACCGCAUCGAACAGAUGAACGCACAACGCCGCCGCAUGAAACAGCUGGAACACCAGCGGGCCGUUGAAAAAAUGCUGGAGGACAGGAGGGUGCAGUACGCCCGCGAGAGGGAGGCGGAGGUGGAGGCCAGGCUGGAGGAGGCCAGGCUGGAGAAGUUCCGUAAGAUGAUCAUUGAGGAGGAGAGGCAGAAGUUACUCAAACAGCACGCCAUCAAGCUCCUGGGGUACUUGCCACGGGUAAGUUGAAUAGCUGAUAAUUUCAUUUGCUGAUUAAUUUAUUAGUUCCUCACAGCACUUUGUUGAUUAGCAUAGAAGCUGAUUAGCUGCACAGUUGAUUCAAUUUAUUGCAGGCAAGUGAAUUUAUUUAAUAAAUCCUGAUACAUGAGAAAGAGCUUGAAAAGUGUUUAAAAAUGUUACCUAACAUUGGUACAUUCUCAUUACAACUGCAGCGGUCUUUGACCAAUUAGUCCAAUGACCUUACACAGUAAUAGAAUAUUUCAAUUGAUUUAUCAUCAUUACCAGCAUGUUCAUUUAAAUGUAUUCUCAUUACUAGCAUCUUAAUUUAAAUUAGAGACAGACCGAAAGUGAUUUUCUGAUUUCGACCGAAACUUGGCCAAAAUUUAAAAAUGACUUUUGGCCGAAACCAAAAAUAAACCGAAAGUUAACAUUUCAGUUUCGGCCAAAGCCGAAAUUAAAGCGAAAUUUAACUUUUUGAUUUUGGCCGAAACUGAAAUAUUUAGGUAUUUUGAAAUUCGUCCACGCACAUUCUACAUAGAUCAAAAAAGGAUGGGGGAAGUAUUAAUAUUUACAUUCUUUUUUUUUUUAAAAUGAGAUCAUCUUGAAUAUUAAUAAAUUAACAUUUAAUUAAUACUUUGGCUUUUUCUAUUUUAAUUUAAAAGUAAUUUAAAUUUCUUAAAAAUGGUAAGAAUGUUUUUUUUAAGAUGUUUGAAAAGAGAAAAUUUGGAGAGGGGGGGGCAAAAUUCAUUCAAAAUAUUCCCUUGAGUACCCUUUCCUUUUAUAGUAAAAUUACAAUCUAGAACAUAUACAGAUAAUAAUUAUUGUGGCUCUAAUAAAGCCAAUUGUCACCUAAAUAUCCAUUAUUAAGGCCGUAGAAAUAUCACCACAAUUUUUCGUGGUUUUUGUCAUACUAAUGCUUUGUGUUUUCAUAGAUAUCCUUGUAUUAAUAUUUAGCAUAGUUCCAAAACAUUAGUCUUACCUUGCUGGUGAUGUAAUAAUUUUGUUCGGUGACCAACUUCCGUCACCUCCCUAGAUGAGGGAGAUUUUUUUUAACCUGGUCUCUUAAAAUAGUUCUUCUGAAGGGUCUCGACGGAGAAUCGCAAGACAUCUGAAAUUGGUAGCCUAAUCAUAAAAGUAGAAAGGCCUGCUGUAGGCCUACUACAUAUUUAUAAUACAAGCUAGUGAUACAUGCACACACAUGUUAUUUCGUCAAUAAAAAUGUUUAUGAGGAUGAUAAUGAUGAAUUUCAAGAAAUGAAAAAGCCUAGGUUUCCUUAAUUUUUAAAAAAAAAAAUUUUUAAAUAAUAAGAUAUACCAUUCCCAUGGAUUAUGCAAUAUAAUUCACCUUUGCCUAUGACAAAAUUGAUGAGCAUGAUAAUGAUAAAUCAAUAUGAGUAUCACAAAUGAAGGAAUUGAAUAAAGCUAGGGUUCCAAAUUUUAUUUUUGAAAAAAUUAAAACAAAAAUAAUGAUAUAAAACAUUACCAUUCCACUAGUUUUUCUUCCACAAACUGUUUACAUUUGCUUAGGCCUAAUUAAAAUUUAAUUUUUUUUAAAUAAAGGACAAGUAGGUCAUCAUGCAGCUUUGAGCAGUUUUCGCAGAGUAUUAGUCAUAUAGAAUACAAUGGCAGCUAGACAUCCAGCAAUAAUGAAUAUCGGAUUGCCAGCCUAGAGACAGAGAGUCAGACCUCUGCUAGAUGACCGAAAUUAAACCGAAAGUUAACAUUUCAGUUUCGGACGAAGAUGAAAUUAAACCGAAAUUUAACUUUUUGGUUGCGGACGAAAUUGGUCAAAUGGCCACUUUCGGCGCAGAAGCCGAAAUUUGGUCGGUCUCUAAUUUAAAUGUAUCAUCAUUACCAGCAUUUUAAUUUAAAUGUAUCAUUAUUUCCAGGGCGUUAUUCGAGACGAAAAUGAUCUAGAAUUGUUGGGACCCGAGUUUAAAAAUGCUUAUUCACAGCGAUACGUCGACCCAUUUGAUGAGACUGCAUGGAACACAAAAUGAGGAUGUAUAGAUGUAAAUAUGAUGAAACAAACAUUGUUGAUGAACUCUUAAUUUUAUUUAUUAAAGUUUGAAUGUGUUGAACAAUUGAGGCUGAGGGAGUUUUUGCAUGUUUGAGUAAAAGCUUUACACGUUUGGCGUUUGUACCACAACUUGAGAUGAUGAAUUUGUUUUGGCGAUUAUCUAAUUAUACUGGGGGUUUUUUUUAUGUCUGUGAUUGUUAAAAGGGAAUGAAUAAUGGGG